ACACAUUUAAGUAACAGUGCUGCCAAUAAGUGUCUUGAACUAAUGUUCUUUGCACUUCUCUGUGGUUGCUGGGUGCUGUGACACACUUCCUGUUUGUGUGACAGGAAGCAAAGUUUGAAAUACUUGCAGAAGAUUUCACUUUUUCAGAUUCGGAGAGUGCCUGAAGAACAAUCAACACACAGGUUACUUAUCUUGCAUGCCUCGUUUGAGGUCACAGAGAAGAGAUCUUUGGAGACAGGCUUCCAAUAACCUACAUAUAAAGAUCAGUGAGUCUAACUUUCCAAGAAUCCUCCAAAAGAUCUGCCAUUAGAUCAAAAAAUAACAGCUCAACAAAGAAGAUAGACUAUUAAAAUACACAGCAUCCACAUAUCGCAACCAUGAAAGAAGAGGAGAACAUUGUGGAGCUCAGAGAACCAUCAUCCAUUGAGACUUUUGGAAACACAGCUCUAAAAGCUUCAGGAUCAAAAAUAGCUCCUCCAGUGGCACCCAAACCUGCUUGGUUUAACCAGAGUUUGAGGAAAAUACAAGAAAAUCCAGAUCAGAGGAAGCAAGCCAGUGAUUCAAAGGAGAUACCUGAGGCAGGUGUUACCAGAAGGUUUGGAGGCAGGUCUACCUCGGGUACUGUUAGCAUGUCAUUCAAACAAAAGAUUCUCUCCUUUGAGACAUUUUCUGCUGCAGGAGCUCAGGAAAAAACAGCCAUCAGAAGAUCCACUCCCCAUCCCAACUUGCUUGCUUUGUUAAAACAGGAGUCUGAAAGUGCCUGUCAUUCCUCAGACAGAGAUGAUGGCAAGAGCAAACAGGGCAUCCCAACAGAAAUGCUGUCAGAUCAGUCAACGUUUGUUGUUAAUGAGAACGUCUCUGUUCCACCUUCUGUCAUCACAUCAGCUUUGGACCAAGAUUAUUGUCAACCUAGUGGCAAAAUGUCUGAAGAUCAGCUUUCUUGCUUUGAGAUAGGUAUUAAUAACCCUAACCCUUCUGACACCAUCUGCUUUGAAACUAACUCUGCAAUAGAUGAUGCUACUUCAGCCUCUGUCCAUUCUGGUUGUAAAUUCCAACCAUCCACAAAGGAAUGUGAGUCAGAGAAAGUGGAUAUCAGCAGAUCCAGUGUCUUACCUUCUGCUUUCUCAGUGAGAAUGAAUCAAAAGGAAGGAGAGAAAAAUGUAGAUGAGUACUCUGGAAAUGAGUGUGAAGCGCCACUGAGAACAGCUCAGAACACUUUCCACACAACGGAGUGUCCGCCCCAGAAGAAUCAGGAGGGAGAACAUAUUGGAAAAAUUGUCGCCUUCAGCAAUCAGGUUUCACAAGCAAUAUUACGGUCCCUUCCUUCUUCUGACUAUGGCAACCUUCAAUCCCAAAAUUUUCAGGAGACUCCAUUUCAAGAUGUUGAUAAUCCCCAAGAGUUUGAGCUGGGUAAAGACUGCAAAAAUAAAGGUUUCUCUGUCAGGCUAGCCUCUCUGACAGAAAGCACCAUUGAGCAAGGGAGGCAGACCUCUGACCGAGAAACCUUCGCUCAUUCUGUCAUCUCAGUUAUUCGUUCUCAGGGAAUACAGAAGAUGAUUGAGGAAGUUGAAGCUAUGGAUGAAGAGACACUGAAGGACGUCCAUGUUGUGAUUCUGCACAAAGACGUGGGUUCAGGGUUAGGCUUCAGCAUCGCUGGAGGAUGUGACCUAGGGAAUAAAGCGCCAACAGUGCAUAAGGUGUUCCCCUGUGGACUGGCAGCUCAAGAGGGGACCAUUCAAAAAGGAGAUGUGGUUUUGUCCAUUAAUGGUCUAACACUGUGUGGUAUCAAACACAUGGAUGCCACUGCUAUUUUGCGUCAGACCCGUAAUCAAACUUUGGCUGUGGUAGUCAUCUGCAAGGGAACUAAAGAGGAGGAGAAGAAUGGAAACAGGACGGGAGAAGAAAUAGUGGAACAGGAAACCCCACUGAGUGUUGAUGUGGAGAAAGGUCCUGGUGGAAUUGGAUUUUCUCUGGAAGGAGGAAGAGGAUCAAUUCAGGGAGACAGACCCUUAGUCAUCAACAGGAUAUUCAAAGGUGGAGCGGGAGAGCAAAGCAGUCUGCAAUGUGGAGAUGAAGUUCUGCAGGUUCAAGGAGUGAGUCUACAGGAUAUGACCAGAUUUGAGGCAUGGAAGAUGAUCAAGGCUUUGCCUGAAGGACCUGUUACACUUGUAAUCAGGAGAAGGCAGGUAGCAGAGGACUAAAAGUCAUAAAGGGCCUUGGAAAAAAUAUCUAUACCCACUGAGCAUUUUCACACCUUAUGUUACACUCAAAAUCGUCUGUGUAUUUUGUUGGGAAUUUAUGUAACAUAUUGACCAACAUUAAACAACAUAGAGCUGUCAAGUUAAAGAAAAUUGUUUUCAGAAAGGUUUUCCAAAUAUAAAAGACUGUCAGUUUCUUUACAUUUCCAUAAGAACAUUGUGUUCUUGCAUUUCAACAUGAAAUCCAGAACCAAUUAGUUACAGAAGUUCCUAUAAUUAAUAAAGAAUGUCAUACUGUGUUUAAUUUACUAUCAGUAUAAAUCCAGGUGUUUGUUUUUUAAAUAACACCAACUUUGCAAUAAAUGUUAUUUUAGCACUUACUAGAAAAGCACAUAUACAUACAGACUGGUUCAAUGCUGGCUUAGAUCUCUCUCUUAGAUCUUAGAUCAUCUCUGUGCACAGGUGGUGCACAGAGGUCAAGUCAAGUCAAGUCCUGAAACUGUUGAGCAGUUUCAGGACUUGACUUGCACUUUCCUCAAGGAAAAUAUACUGAGUUCUGUAUAUAGAUUGGUUCUAUUUCUGUAAUUGGGCACAAGAAAAAUCAGCUUAGUAUCUGUUCUUCAAUUUAGUUUUUGAAAUAAACCUAAGAAAACCUG